UCGCUUUUAGUUGCUCCGAUUGCGUGCCUCCACCACUGUGUAGUCGUUACAGUCGCAGUGUUUCGUAUUUUCUUCUUGGGUUUUGAUUGUUAAUUGUUAAUUUUAAAACUUUUUUCUCCUCCUACUCUUUCUUUCUUCGUCUUCUUCUUCUUCUUCUUCUUUCACUUUUUCUAAGAGGGUCUUUGGUAGGCAUGGGGUUUUGUUUUGGGGUUGGGUGUGGGAUGUGGUGCGUUUAAGGUUGUGGUGAAGUCGGUUUGAGAAGGAGGGUGGCGGAGCUGGUGGAGGAAUGAGAAGGAUUGCGACGAAGGAGAUGGGUUGUGAGAAUCUUGUGAAUGGAUCAUGAUUGACGGGACAAAAUUUGGUUGAGGGGGUUUGUUGUGGAGACCAGUUUUAGGUGGUUUGGGUAGGCGCACUUGUUUUGGAUGAUUGAAUAUGUGAAGGGUGACGAACACGAGGCGUUGGAGAUUCAUCGGAGUGAUGGUCAACUGCGAAUGAGCUUCUUCGAUUUGGCCGCCGGCGUUUUCGGAACAUGAUUGGUUUUGUUCGAGUGGUGUAAGUGAAGGGAAAGUGGUGCACUCGCUACAGCUGGCGUCGGGCGUUGGGCGUCGGGCGCUUCUGGAGCUGAGACGUGGUAUUGGAAUUGAAGCUUUGAUCCUAAAGCAGCAGGGGUUUUGUGGUGUUCAGGCGAGAACGCUGGAUAUCUUUCAGCUUUUACUUGUUUUGAGGAAUCCAUUUUCGAUGGAUUGCAUGCCGUGCCUGCGGAAGCGGAAGAAAGAUCCAGACUAUGUGGACAGCUCCAAGGGGGAUCCUGACUCAGAAUUAACGACUCAAGAUCGGUCGAGCCAUCAUUCAAUCAGCAUACCUAACUCCCCAAGUCCUGGAUUCCAACAGGGAAAGACUGGGGGAAUGGUGAAGUUUACAAUUGCUGAAUUGAACAAAAUUACUGGUAAUUUUUCCGAGUCCCACUUGAUCGGACAAGGAGGUUUUGGCAAGGUUUACCGAGGGAAGCUCAAAGAUGGUACUGUGCUUGCUAUCAAGCGAGCCAAGAAGGAUGCAUUUGAGAAAAGAGUCUCCAAGGAAUUUCAGACCGAAGUUGAAGUUUUAGCUCAAGUGGAGCACCUGAACUUGGUGAAGCUCAUAAGCUUCGUGGAGGAGAAGAAUGAGCGCCUUCUUGUGACUGAGUAUGUGACAAAUGGAAAUUUGAGGCAACAUCUUGACGGCGUUCCAUAUGGGAUUAUUCUGGACAUGAGCACCCGCUUGAAUAUUGCCAUCGAUGUGGCUCAAGCUCUUACAUACCUUCACUAUUAUACUGACAGGCCUAUAAUCCAUAGAGAUGUCAAGUCUUCCAACAUUCUACUCACUGAUAGCUUUCGCGCUAAGGUUGUCGAUUUCGGUUUUUCUCGAGCUGGUCCCUCGGGGGAAGGUGCUACACAUGUUUCUACGCAAGUUAAGGGGACCGCAGGGUAUUUGGACCCAGAGUAUUUGACAACGUAUCAACUGAACGUGAAAAGUGAUGUAUACUCUUUUGGGAUAUUGCUGGUCGAGCUUUUCACAGGGAGGCGCCCUAUAGAGCUGAGUCGUCCUAGUGAUGAGCGAGUGACCGUGAGAUGGGCCUUUAAACAAUAUUUGGAGGGAAGGCUGAGGGUUAUUAUUGAUCCAAAGCUUCAGUUAACAGCUGCCGUUUUGUUGAUUUUGGAGCGCGUAUUUGAGCUUGCAUUUUCUUGUUCAGCACCUACUAAAGUUGAUCGCCCUAAUAUGAAAGAGGCCAAGGAGAAGUUAUGGAACAUCAGAAAAGAAUAUCAACUGAGUUUAGAUCGACAACAGGAAGGUUUUGAGGCAGAGUCAGAAUAUGGUGACUCUUAUGACAAUGGCAGCCAUACUCCCCGGGGGGGCCGUCACUCUCAUGCUAGUCGGCACUCUGGAGAUUCCGAGAGUGUGAAGGCUCGGACAAGCAGGCGCUCAGAGGAUAAUCACAGGAGUUACUUGACUUGAGAAAUAUUUGAGAACCAACUGAAUACUGGACUACGAGGAUGAGGAGUGUCAGGUCAACAAAGAGGUCAUGGGACAUUGCGAGGUUCCUCCUGGGGAAUAGGGGGUGUUGUUUGGUGGCUAUGUUUCAUCUUAUAUUCUCAAUCGCUUCAUAUCCCCUGUCAGAUAUUCUGAGAAACGCUACAUACUAAAUACGUUUUUUUUUUUUUUUUUUUUUUUUUUUGAUUAGCACUGGCUGAUCACUGUAUCCUGAUAGCAGGUCCAUCCCUUACCUGCCGAAUAUUUCUUUUAUUGGAAACUUAAGAACAUCGUUUAUGGCCACCACAGAAGGUCAUGGCUCUCGGGGGCGACGGUUUAUGCCUCUGGGAGGACUCAGACCCUUAACGCUUCAUGAAUUAGAAAAUAGCAACCCUGAGUGGGAAUUCGUUGAAGGAGAUUCAUCUCAGGGUUCAGGCCAAUUUUUCUUCUGAUACUCUUGAGGCUCAGAUACGUGCAGACGUUGGUAAGGAGUCAGCCUGUUGUCACUUUUGGUGUUUUGCGUCAAAAGACUCCUUUUCUGCGAUGAGAUUUGGCUGAAGCGUGGGCCUUCAAAACCGAGGUCAAGUCAGUUUGACAAUGUGACAGCAUGUCAGGAGUUACUAAUAAUGUUUUUAGAUUCAUGUACUGUAGGCUGUCAAAUAAUUUAUGAGUGGCUCAAGUUGAUCUCUAGAUGUUUCAAAUGCUGUUUCAUGUGCAUUUCUGAGGCCCGAGUUUGUGCACAGAAUCCGAAGUGGUAAUCGAGUUUUUUCUCUUCUGAAUUUCAACACAUGCUCUUAAGCAAUGUGGAUCAAUUAAGAAUCGACCAAAUAAAGCUACUUUAGCAGUUAUGGCUUGAACGAAUCUUUAAGA